CCAAGUUGGAGGCGAGUCGGGGCUACACUGUGAGCCCCUGUCUCAAGUCAAACAAAAAUCCAUUAAAGCUUCACCCUGCAGUAUGCAUUUAGGGAAGAUCAGGCAGAGGAGGGCGAGGAAGGCCCACACCCAGUAAAGCCGGCAGAGCGGAACCUGCGGAUGCUUUGGGCGCAUCGCUUCCGGGUCACGAGGAAACACUUCCGGUGCAGAGGAUCGCCGGCGCUGGAGAAUUUGGUUCUGGAGAGGGGUGACUUGGGCCAUGGCCUCUGACCUAGACUUCUCACCUCCUGAGGUGCCUGAGCCCACCUUUCUGGAGAACCUGCUGCGCUACGGGCUCUUCUUGGGAGCCAUCUUCCAGCUCAUCUGUGUCUUGGCCAUCAUCGUACCCAUUCCCAAGUCCCAUGAGGCGGAGGCAGAGCAGUCGGAGCCCAGAAGUGCAGAGAUGCUGAGGAAGCCCAAGGCUGCCAUCCCUCCCGCCAGCAAGAGGCCAAAGAAAGAGACGAAGAAGAAGCGGUAGAAGCAGGGGAGCCCGGCCUUGGCCUCGGGGACAGCCCUCCUGGGAGCCAGCAUCCUGUUUCCCCUCACGGACUGUCUCCAUCCUUGGCGCGGGGUCUGAGGAGAUUGAAACUCCCUCUCACCACAGAGAUCUGCACAGUCCCCAGGCUCCAGCUGUGCAGACACCACUUCCUCUUCCUUCAUGCUGUGGUACGGAGGGCUCCAGAGCAAACACUACCCGGAGGGUUCGGAAGCCAGGCCAGGCUCACAGAGCCAAGUGUUCACGUUAAUCCUCGGGCCCGGGGUCUUCAUCACACUGCACUGUGGAGCUGUAGUCGAAGGCUACAAUUACCCAUGACCCUGUCACUUUUCUUUCUCUUUUUCUUUUUGUCACUUUUGUGUGCACAGAACUUCACGUGUUCAGCCCCCUCACCGAAGCAGCCAGGGCCUAAAGGUGUUAGGGAUGGAGGGACAGCAGAAGGCAUGGGUCCAGUGAUGCCUGCACGGGAAGGUGCUAGCUGAAUGAGGCCAGGUUUCCUGGGCACAGACUUUGUGAGCCUUUGAAAUGGGCUUGUCACUUUUAGAUCAACCUCUGUUCACCCAUUCUAACAUUCAAAGUGCCUUUGAUUCUGACCUGUCAUCCCCCACAUCUUCAUUCCCUGGCCAGUGAAGAACAAUUAUGUGGAAAAGUCAAAGCCAAUAAAUGGUCAUGCAUGCUGAA